UGGCUGCAGGAGACAAGUCCAUUUCUGAGUUACUCAGAGAACUUGCUAACCGCUUAGAUUGUACGUCUUCACCUCAGUCUGAGAGAGUGUUGCAGCAGCAUACUGAAGAUGAAGCGGUCCCUGGUCCAAGUUCUCAUCAAAACAGCACAGUGUUAACGUUAGGAAAUGCUAACGCUAUCACAGCUAGCUCAACUCCACGAAACGCUGUUCAGGCUGAAGUCGCAAGACUGUUUGCCCCUUACAGAGCGAGGCCUUCCUCAGCACCACUUUCAUCUCUGACCCCGCAAUCUUCCAAGAAAGCAUGCUGCUCCAUUUACACACACACCUUCUUCUGUUUACAUGAUCAUAUGUCAGACACAGUGCCAGCUAAAGCAGUCAAAUUUGACCUAGCAGCAGCUGGACUUGGAGAGAAAUGGAUUUCAUUCCAAGGAAGGGAUGAUGACCCAGAAGUGGUCAAGGCAAAGAUUGAGGAUACCUUCCCUCAGCUAAAAGACACAGGAGGGUUUGAACUGCUGAGAAUCUCGGGUACAACACAAAGCCGUAACCUGUGCACAAUCCCAAGCCCAGACACUGGAUAUACAGUGCGAUAUCUCCACAGUCCAUUGAGUGGAAUUGGACAAGCUUUGAUCUAUAUAAGGCCACUGCAGAAAAGUAUUGAUUUGGAAGACAGCCUGACAACCCUCCAGCAACAAGGACCCCCCACAAAAUGCCUGAAUCGUGACAUUAACAUUCCUUUAAAUAAAAUGAAAAACCACAUCACUAAAUGCACAAGUUCAUUGAGUGGUGCUGAACCUCAGUCUGUUACUGAAAGUCAGGCUAGGCAGACUCGUAGUACAACAGCAAGGUCAGAGGUCCCAUCCUGUAGCAACAGUGAUGCCUGGAAUCUGUCCUGUGGGGUAGAGGAACCCGAUGCUAUCAUCUUGGACUCCACCAUAAAUUCAGCAAGAGCAGAGCAAUCAUCAGGUGAUAUGGUAGUGCAGGAAAAUGCAUCUCAUCAAGAUGAGGAAAAGUCACUUCUAGGGGAAAAACCAGAGUGGAAAUGUGAACAAGAUGCAACCAGAGCAGCCUGGCUCUACAAGUCCGAGUUACUUUCAAAGUAUGAGACCAGAAAGACAGUAGUCCUGCAAAUGGACUUGCGGGAAAGUAUUGUGGAUCAACAGAGGUCACUUUUCUCCCUCUACAAAGCCCCAAAGGUAGAGUGGGCGGGCCCUGUCAGCUGCAAACUGGAAGGGGAUGUUGCUGUUGGAGAAGGGGUGAAGAGAUUCUUCUUCUCAAAGGCAGUUUCUCUAGUACAGUCUGGUUUGCAUGGAACACAGAUCUUACAAGGCUGUUUGACGGUGAGCCAGAACACUUGACUCCAUCCACUUCUCAGACCUUGCUUGAGAGUGACAUGUUUUUGGUGGCAGGUAAGAAAGUUAUGUACAGAAAUAAGAGGAAGAGUAAUUUAAAAUAAUACAUGUGCAGCACUAAAGGAAACAGAAUUACUUGUGUUACAUUAUCCUAACUGUAACCAUAAAGAUGAAAAAUAGAUUGAAUACAGUUACAAAACUGUUUGUUUUUACCCCCGUGCAAUGUUAGGCUAAGUG